CGUAGUUAAAUGUUCAUUUAAUAGAGCUGGAGUGAAAAAAAAUACUGUUUCAACUGGAAAUGCUAGAAGAUUGUUGUUCUUGUGUUACUCAUUCAUGCAAAUUGGAGAAGGUAUAAUUGAAACAAGGUUGGCAGUGUGCGAGGCAGUGUGCUUGCUGCAGCUGAGCUCAGCUGAAAGGUCGCUGGAAAUCAAGUGCUUUGUAACUGAAGGCAUUUUGACUACAAGCAAUUCAAGACAUUUUGGAAGCGUCAGUCUCAGGAAUGGGUCGUCUUUUUCUUUCCGUGAUAUCUGGUAUCUAAUGUUUUACUUAGGACGAAGCCUACUACUUGAGAGCCCUUUCAGGCACCACAAAUGAUUUUUUCUUUCGACGCAGUGCAGCUGCUUCUAGCCUGUCUACCGACAGAGAUCUUUGUUAUGACUUUCAGCCCUUAACAUGUUUGGAAAUGAGAACAAAUGGCACAAAGCUUACGAUUGCACUUUGCAGGCAGAAGAAGCAAUACUUUUCCUUUGUCAGAAACCUCCGGAGAUGAUCUGGAUAGCGAUGCUCACACGGGCUUCAAACGACCCACGCGGAUUUCCACGUCCAACGUCGUUCAAAUGAAGCUGACUCCCAGACAGACUGCACUGGCUCCGUUCAUAAAGGAAAACGUGAAGUCUCAGGAGAGAUCAUCUGCUCCUUCACCUGAAAAUGUUAAUAAAAAGAGCAGCUGCCUCCAGAUCUCACUGCAGCCAACCAGGUACGGGAGCUGUCUUCAGUCCAGCAGUGCCGUGGCCGAUGGGGAGGAUGCUCCGUUUGCCUGUGUCUUGAGGGACGGCGUUUCCAGCAGCGCUGUGGCUGAGAAUGAACUGAAUGCUGUGAAUGAUGAUAGCUUUUUGAGCAGUCCUGCCAUUUGCCGCGGUAGCCUGAGUAACUUUUCGACCAGUGAACAUGGGUCUUACAACAGCAACGGCAGUGAUUACGGGUCAUGCACCAGCAUCACAAGCGGAGGCUCCUACACCAACAGUCUCGUCAGCGACAGCAGUGGGUACACUUUCCCGCCAACGGAUGAGACGUCUUUUGGUGGAAAUUCAUCUUCGGACAACACCUCCAGUAGAAGUGUGCCCCACAGGAAUAUCACUCCGUGUGAAAUUUUCUCCAGAAGUACAAGCACCGUUCCUUUUGUCGAGGAUGACUUGGAGCAUGGGCUCGAGAUUAUGACAUUGUCAGUGGGCAAAGACUCGAAAAUUCCACUAAAACGUUGUUCAUCCUUAGUCAUUUUUCCUCGGAGUCUUUCAAGUACGCCGCCAACGUCUCCAACAAGUACGGGUACCCAUCCAAGCAAAGGAUCCUAUCAAACCUCACACCAGUUUAUUAUUUCUCCCGGUGAAAUUGCUCACAGUGAAGAUGGCACUGGUGCUAAGGGAUUUCUCUCCACAGCCGUCAAUGGGCUUCGGCUAUCGAAAACCACCUGUCCUCCCGGAGAAGUAAGAGACAUACGACCGCUUCACGGGAAGGGCUCGUCACAAAAGAAAAUGGUUAUUGCAAAUAAUAGUCCAAAUCAGACUGUCUUUGAAAAACCAUCGGAAGGAUAUUCGUGUGUCUCAGUGCAUUUCACCCAACAGAAAGCAGCCACGUUAGAUUGUGAAGCUGCGAAUGGUGAUUGUAACCCGGAGAUGUCAGAAACCAAGUUUAAUUCUGACCCAGACUAUAUGAAGCUUACGGGUAGGACAUCUGCGUGUUUACCAUCCUUCCCAAAUGUAGAUUACCAAAGAAAUAGCAAUGGGCAGUUGGAAAGACCAAAUUUACAGAUAAACAAAAACCAUGCUAUUCUACAAAGAAGUAUUUCAUUAGGAGGAACUUACCCAAAUGUUUCCUGUUUAUCCAGCCUUAAGCACAGUUGUUCUAAAGGGGGACCAUCUCAAUUACUCAUAAAGUUUGCAUCUGGAAAUGAAGGUAAAGUUGAUAAUUUACCAAGUGACAGCAGCAGACGUUUCACAAAUGAACUAUCUAAAUCUUCGAAGCAUUCUUGUAAGCCUGGCUGGGUUGUUUUGGACCAACCAGAUGCUGCUUGCCAUUUGCAGCAGCAACAAGAACCUUCUCCUCUACCUCCAGGCUGGGAAGAGAGACAGGAUAUUCUUGGAAGGACCUACUACGUAAACCAUGAAUCUAGAAGAACGCAGUGGAAAAGACCAACCCCUCAGGACAACCUAACAGAUGCUGAGAAUGGUAACAUUCAACUGCAAGCACAACGUGCAUUUACCACCAGGCGGCAGAUAUCUGAGGAAACAGAAAGUGUUGACAACCGGGAGUCAUCCGAGAAUUGGGAAAUUAUAAGAGAAGAUGAAGCCAUCUUGUAUAGCGAUCGGGCCUUCUCAUCACCUCCACCAUCAAGCAGCUCGGAUGUUCAGACGCACCUUGCGGAAGAGUUGAAUGCCUUACUUACUGUUAGUGGAAAUUCAGCCACUGGCCAGCCAGUGUCCAGCUCAAAUCAUUCCAGCAGAAGAGGCAGCUUACAAGCCUACACUUUUGAGGAACAGCCUGCACUUCCUGUGCUUUUGCCUACUUCAUCUGGAUUACCACCAGGUUGGGAAGAAAAACAAGAUGAAAGAGGACGAUCUUAUUAUGUAGAUCACAAUUCCAGAACCACUACGUGGACAAAGCCCACUGUACAGGCCACAGUGGAGACCAGUCCGCUGCCAGCGAGCCAGAGUUUUUCUGCGAGCCCUCAACCACAGCUCCCCACAAGUGAUUCGGCACAGCAGGUGACUCAGCCAGCUGAAAUGGAGCAAGGGUUCCUUCCCAAAGGCUGGGAAGUCCGACAUGCACCAAACGGGAGGCCUUUCUUUAUUGACCACAACACCAAAACCACCACCUGGGAAGAUCCAAGACUGAAAAUUCCAGCUCAUCUGAGAGGAAAGACAUCACUAGAUUCUUCCAAUGACCUCGGACCUUUACCUCCAGGAUGGGAAGAAAGAACCCACACAGAUGGAAGAAUCUUCUACAUAAAUCACAAUAUAAAAAGAACACAAUGGGAAGAUCCUCGGUUGCAGAAUGUAGCAAUAACCGGACCAGCAGUGCCCUACUCCAGGGAUUACAAAAGAAAGUAUGAGUUCUUCCGAAGAAAGUUGAAGAAGCAGAAUGACAUUCCAAACAAGUUAGAAAUGAAACUUCGCCGAGCAACUGUCCUCGAGGACUCUUACCGGAGGAUUAUGGGCGUUAAGAGAGCGGACUUCCUCAAGGCUCGACUCUGGAUUGAGUUUGAUGGCGAAAAAGGAUUAGAUUACGGAGGAGUCGCCAGAGAGUGGUUCUUCCUGAUCUCGAAGGAAAUGUUUAACCCUUAUUAUGGGUUGUUUGAAUAUUCUGCUACGGAUAAUUAUACCCUGCAGAUAAAUCCAAAUUCUGGAUUGUGUAAUGAAGAUCACCUCUCCUACUUCAAGUUUAUUGGCCGGGUAGCUGGAAUGGCAGUUUAUCAUGGCAAACUGUUGGAUGGUUUUUUCAUCCGCCCAUUUUACAAGAUGAUGCUACACAAACCAAUAACACUUCAUGAUAUGGAAUCAGUGGAUAGUGAAUAUUACAAUUCACUAAGAUGGAUUCUUGAAAAUGAUCCAACAGAACUGGACCUCAGGUUUGUCAUAGAUGAAGAACUUUUUGGACAGACACAUCAGCAUGAGUUGAAAGUUGGUGGAUCAGAAAUAGUUGUCACCAAUAAGAACAAAAAGGAAUAUAUUUACCUUGUAAUACAGUGGCGAUUUGUGAAUCGAAUCCAGAAGCAAAUGGCUGCUUUUAAAGAGGGAUUUUUUGAACUAAUACCACAGGAUCUCAUCAAAAUUUUCGAUGAAAAUGAGCUCGAGCUUCUUAUGUGCGGGUUGGGAGAUGUCGAUGUGAAUGACUGGAGAGAACACACCAAGUACAAAAAUGGCUACAGCGUCAACCACCAAGUCAUCCAGUGGUUUUGGAAGGCUGUUUUAAUGAUGGAUUCAGAAAAAAGAAUAAGAUUACUUCAGUUCGUCACUGGCACGUCUCGAGUGCCUAUGAAUGGAUUUGCCGAACUAUACGGCUCAAACGGACCACAGUCUUUUACAGUUGAACAGUGGGGCACCCCUGAAAAGCUGCCAAGGGCCCAUACGUGCUUUAAUCGACUGGACUUGCCACCCUAUGAAUCAUUUGAAGAAUUAUGGGAUAAACUUCAGGUGGCGAUUGAGAACACUCAGGGUUUUGAUGGAGUUGAUUAGAUUACAAGUAACAGUCUAGGGUGUUUUACUGCCACGUUUUUGUAAGCAACAUCUUGACUUAAAAUUUUCCGGGGAACUACUAAAACUUAGCCAUUGAUUCUUCCCAGAUAUUGGAGAAAAUCACAGAAAUGCUUUAGGAGAAAUAGCGUGACGACUUUACCAGUAUUUCAUCCCCUUUAAAAGAAUGUGUUGCAUUUACACAGUUGUUUCAUUCUGUCUUUAGACUUCACACUCCAGGACCUAAGUCCUUUGUGCCUGAAAUAGUGAAUGUGUCCUUAACAUUUACCUCUUUUCCAGUAUUCGCCAGGCAGUCAGUCCUUUCUUAAACUACUGAAAUGAUAACUGUGAAAUAUUUGUGAUAAGUGUCAUGUGUGAAGCGUUUGAUGCUUUUUGAGAAGGAAAACCCAAAUUUGGAAAAGGAGACUUAAAAAUUGAGUAAACCACACUAUAUUUAGUGCUGCCUACAGUUAUUUAUUGCUCUGUAGACCUACCUAAUGCACCGUAAUGCCCAGAUUUUUGGAACAACCUUGGAAAGUGUGUUACUAUAUUUUUAGUCAGCUGACUCACUGGCAAUAACAACAACAAAAAUGGUUUACUUCUUCAUUUUAGAAGUAUUUGGUUUUUGUUCAUAUGUGGUUUUGCUCAACAAAGUGGUGUAUAAGACGUGAAGCAAAUUCAGAUUUGCAGAGGGUGGAAAGUAUUAACGCCGUCCUCUUGCCUCCAUAUCCUUAUGGUUGGUUCAUCGGAGCAGUCAUCACUCUCAUGUUGUAGUUUAGUUCAAAGAAUUCCUUCUUCCCGCAGUAAGCUGAAGCUCCACAAAGCAGUAUUUCUCAGUGUGUCUCGAAGAGCUAAGUUCAAUGUAUAGUACUUGCCGUUACUAGACACUCUUUACACUUGCACAAUUAUGUAGUAACUCUAUGUUUACAGGGUUUAUUAUGUUUACACAUGAAGCUAAUUCCUGUAGUUGCCUUUUUAUAUUUUUAGUAUGUCACUUUAGUCAUAAAACCAAAUAAUUUGUUAAAAAGUAACCAAAGAAUAGCUAUAAUGCAUAAUUUGUAUUAAAUUUAUUACCACAUUUCUUAAUGCUUUUUAAAAAAAUAUACUGUUUACUUUGAAAGUGACGAUGUUUUACUAUAACUCCCAAACUCUUUAGCAAAAUGUUACAGAUAGAAUCCUACUUGAAUCAAAUUCAAGUACCUGACAACCACCUCCAUCCCACAAACGCGUAUGAAAUGUCUGCUGUGCACAUCACACUGUGCGAGGCCCUGGGUGAGAGCCGUCAGCUCCCGAGAAAUCUAGCUCAGCCCUCAUCCGCAGGAACUCACCGCAUGUGAAAGCAUUUUUACACCCUCAGCGAAGGGGUGAGCAGAACAAGGCGGAAGGGAAAGUGUCUCCAUGUGCCUGCCAAGCAGCGCACCAAGACUGUGUUUCCAUCAGAAUGAUUCUAUAGAAAACACUCUUGCGAAAAGUUAAACCUGUUUCUCAAUAUGGUAUCUUGGGGAUUUAGGAAUCAUUGUAAAUAUCAUAUAAGUGUUAUGAAUCCUCUUAAAUACAUAUAUGUACAUAUCCUCUGA